AUGGGUAACAUCUGUAAGUCAUAAAAAGAUACAGAAUUUGAAGACACUUAGUAAUUGCAGACAGUCACCUUAGAAACUGGAAUAAAAAGCAUAAACUCAACCAUCUAGGCUAACAGUCAACAAUUAAAUUUGAUUAAAGAGUCUACAUAGGAGGGUGUCUAAAUAUCCAAUAUCCAAAUGAUUAUGAUUAAGCCAAGAAGCUAGGAAGAGGGGAUUAAAAUAAUGAGAGAUUUACUAAAAUUUGGAAACAAAAUAAUAAUCAUCCCUAAGGUUAGAGAGGAGAGUUCGAAUGUCAGUUCAAGAUCCCCAACUAAGAAAGGGAGAUUAAAAAACAAAGGAACUUAAGUGACAAAUUUUAGACUUCAUUCUUAUAAAUAGUAGAAAGAUUGA